AUGUCUGCCUACGCAUCUCCUACCCACGCCCAACAGGGCCACGCUGCGGCUGCGGUCCCGCGACAAUUCCCCGCGUUCAACCCGGUCGCCGUUGUGACCGCACCGGCGGGCACCUUUCUCCCCGGGACCAAGGUUCAGGUGGGCAGUCAUCGCGUGGUGGUGGAAAAGUACCUGUCCGAGGGUGGUUUCGCUCAUGUUUACGUGGUGCGGCUGCCACAGCCGGUCAAUGGCACGGAGACGGCUGUGCUGAAGCGGGUUGCCGUUCCCGACAAGUCGGCUCUGGCCAGCAUGCGCACCGAGGUAGAGACCAUGAAGAAGCUAAAGGGACACCGGCAUAUUGUCAGAUAUAUCGAUUCGCAUGCCUCGCAGUUACAAGGAGGCGGAUACGAGGUCUUCCUCCUCAUGGAGUAUUGCGGGGGCGGUGGUUUGAUUGACUUUAUGAACACGCGACUUCAAAAUCGGUUGACGGAGCCCGAGAUUGUCAAGAUCUUCUCGGACGUGGCCGAGGGAGUGGCUUGCAUGCACUACCUUAAGCCGCCAUUGCUGCACCGAGAUCUCAAGGUGGAGAACGUUUUGAUCUCGCGCUCCCAGGGUUCGACCAUCUAUAAGCUGUGCGACUUUGGAUCCUCGGCACCUCCCCGUCCGGCUGCUACAUCAGCUGCCGAGGGGCGCUUGAUUGAGGAUGACGUGCAGCGCCACACGACAAUGCAGUACCGCAGCCCGGAAAUGAUCGAUGUUUACCGGAAGCAACCAAUUGACGAGAAGAGUGACAUUUGGGCGCUUGGCGUGUUCUUGUACAAAUUAUGUUACUAUACGACACCUUUUGAAGAGGUUGGGCAGAUGGCUAUCCUUAACGCUAGUUACAAAUUCCCCGCAUACCCUCAGUUCUCGGAUCGGUUGAAGAUGUUGAUCGCGAUUAUGCUCAAGGAGAAUCCGCAAAAGCGUCCGAAUAUAUACGAAGUGGUCAAGGAGGUUUGCGACAUGCAAAAGAAGGAAGUGCCAAUUCGCGAUAUCUACUCCAAUCGGUCAGUCUCCGAAGCGCGCCGAAAUCAGGAACUACCUCCUACGCCAACAGAAGCACCUGCAGUGGGCGCCACAUUCUCGCCUCCCAUGCAGGAGACUGAGAUCAUUCCCGAGAUUGCGCCCAUGCGAAGAGGCCGGCCCGGGAAACCUCAAUCAUCUGCACACAGCUCUGCCAAACCAAGUCCUUCCCCAUACCGCGGUGGUUCCAAGACCUCAUCCCACGACCCCUUUGCGGCACUGGAUGGAAAUGCCAAGAAGAGUGCGGAUGAACUGUCAAAUCGAUUCCCAACGCUGGACCAGUUUGAUAUCCUGCACGAGAAGGGAGACAAGUUCGAGUUUGAGCCAACCGUGAAGGAGGCCAAAUCAGAGGACGAGGACCUUUCACAGAGACUCACAAAUGCGUUGGCUGAUGAUGCUUUUGCACGAAGGGCCUCUCCAGAGCGACAAGCGCCUUCUGCAGAUCGGCGAUCGCAGAUCUCGCCAGUGCGGCCACAGAAGCCUCAAGAAGUGUCGAAUCGACAACAAGCUCCUUUAUACCAGCCGACUCCUAAGCGGCCUGGAAUGGUCUCUACAGGCACGAUGACAUCUCCCUCUCAAACACCCCGUCUGCAAGAGCCGAAGAUCUCCAGCCGACCCAUCUACCGCUUCCCUGCCCCAGAGAAUGAGCGAAGACCCUCCAGCCAGCCCUGGACAGAAGACGAGCAGAAAGCCUCCGGAUACAAGGCUCCUUCACCACCAUCAGCCAAUCUUAGGCCGGAGGCCAGCCCCCGGCUAUCUUCUGAACGGUUAUCCACCCACUCUAAUUCCGCACGCCCCUCCAUGGAGACUCUGCGACGACCAUCCGGUUUGGAAGCGACUGAUCCAGUGGGUCGGUCCAAGUCUGCUAUCGCGAAGGCACGCCCUGUCUCGGUUCAAGCUUCAUCCCGCUAUGACCUCCCGCGUGACACGGAGACGUCACGUUCCUCUUUGGACCUCCCACACAUGCAAUACGAAGGUGGUGCUCCUCUCCGACCCGUCCGCACCGAGAUUGACCGGGAAUAUGAGCGAGCUAACAUCUCCUCGGACGUGGACUAUCUACGAGCCAAGGAAGAGGAGGAAAGCAACCGCAAGCGCGAGAAACGGUCCAGCAGUGGUGCUAAGCAUGCCAAGCGAGGAAGCUUAUCUUCUUUAUCACUCUCUGGAAGCAAGACAUUAUUCGCUGGUCGUUUUGGCGAAGCAUUCCGCCGAUUCGAAAGCACAAACCAGGACAAGCCCUCCACCCCGACAGCGGAAGAAUAUCCUCAGCACCACAAGGCUCUGAUCGGCGAUUCAGAGGCUUUGGACUCGCCGCCAAAUGAGGGACUGUCGUCAUAUGAAGACGAUGUAUUGGAAGAUGUGGACCGCGAUGAUAUCUCCCCGGAAAUGCGACGCGAGCUCGAGCGCCGCCGGCUCUCUCAGGAAGAGAAACGUGUUGCCAAUGCUGCAGCAGAGUAUAGGCGCCGGGUCGCCGAAGGCGAUGGAAGCGGACAGCAUCGAUCUCGAGCCAUUCUGAACCGGGUGCAAAAUUUCAUUGGCGAGUCCAACAAGCCCCAGGUGGCUCCUAAGACUGCAACCGGGUAUGGGAAGUACACGGACGCCGGGGCUUUGCAGGCAAAGCCAGGCAAUGACAAUCAAGCUCCACCCUCGAGCGCUCUCCCCGUCUCUCGUACCCCCGGCCCUAUUUACGGUGCCCGCGAAGGGACCAUGGCCCCGCGGGACCGUCGCGAAGGUGCUAGUGCCCCUGCAGGUUUGACACAAUCUGCCACCGCCACUGCCAACUCUGCUGGAUACUCGUCCGUUCGUCCCCCGUCACGACCGACAGCCCCCCCAAAGCCAAAGAACCUGCGUGUAGGCGGACAGGACUCGUCCCGACCCAGCACAAGCCAAGAUCGCAGCCCCUCCGUUCAAGCGACACCAACGAGUCCCGGAGGAGAAGACUGGGAAGCGAACUUUAGCCGACGAUUCCCUAGCUUGUCUGGCCUAGAGAUGGAGACGGAGAUUGAGGUCCCGAAAUACCCCAAGCUUAGAACCCGGGAGGUUUAG